UCGGUCAAGCAGUUGUUCAUUCCGCUUUGUUUAAAAAUUGUCAUUUAAAUUGAAAAAAAAUUUAGUCCGCGCAAUGUCAGCAACAGAAAAUUUUAACGACGAUGAACUCGUUGCGCCUGAGUGGUUAAAUAACGAUUUUCUAAAAAAAGUCAUAGAGAAUUAUGAAAAAACUAAGGACGUAGAAGUAACCAACUUUAAACUCACUCCAGGCACUGUAAAAGGCGAUCACUAUGCCAGUGUCAUGUUCAGAGCCAAUGUGGACUACAAAAUAAAGGGUGUGCGGAAGUCAAAAUCAUUGAUUAUUAAAACAAUGCCUGAGGUUGAAGGUCAAAAGAAGGAAAUGCUAAAGGAUUCACAUAUCUUCGAAACUGAAAUAAAGGUUUAUACGGAAAUUUUACCUAAAUUCGAGAGUGUUCUAAAUUCUAUUGGAGAUAAAACAAAAAUUGGACCUAACUGUUUGUAUUAUAGUCUACAUCCUAAGAAAUGCAUAGUUUUUGAAGAUCUAGUACCACUUGGUUAUACCGUACAACGAGAUCGGGAUCUUAACAACGACGAAAUAAAAGACGUUAUGCGAAAAUUGGCAGUUUUCCAUGCGAUUAGUUACUAUUUAAAUAAAAAGGAACCAAAACUAUUUGACAACUUACAAUACGGUUUUAUGAAUGAACCGUCAAUUCGAGAAAACGACUUCGUGACGGACGGCAUAAAUAUUUUUAUAGAAAUUCUAAAUGAAGUACCAACUCUGCGUAAAUAUAAACCAUAUUUUGAAGCACUUCAAACAGAUAUACUUGAAAAAUGCCGUCAAACAUUUGAUGAGUUUCGCGAAAAUCCGCAGAGUGAUGGAAUAUAUGUACUUUGUCAUGGAGACUUUCAUUUUAAAAAUUUGAUGUUCAAGCAUAAUCCUAUAAACGAAAAAGUUGAAGAUAUACUCUUACUUGAUUUUCAACUUUCUUACAUUGGACCAAUAGUUAAUGAUUUGUAUUAUUCUUUCUUUAUGAUGAGUUCCAGAGAGCACCGUUUACAGCAGUUUGAUGAAUUACUCUAUUUAUACCACAGUCAUUUCAAGUCAAUACUAAAUAAAAUUGAUUUUGAUGGGGAAGUGCCUAAGUUGAGUGAAAUCAGAGCUAUGUUUUUGAAACACAAACAUUUCGAACUAUUUUUGCUAUCGGGCUUUUUAGCGAUGCGUUAUGAAUUUCAGAACAAAGAUAUCGACGUAGAAAAAAUUAUACUUUCCAGGGAUCAUCGAAAGAAUCUGUAUAUGAAUAAAGAAUUUUUGGAUGAACUUCAUCAAUUAUUACCAAAAUACUUACACAGUGGAUAUUUUGAAGAUUCGAUAUAAGUUGAAUUAGGUGUUAGUUAAUUAUUUAGUAAAUUAGAAAUAAUUAAUAAUUAAAUUGUU